AUGUCUCCUAAAGAGAAACAUGAUGAAAUUCCACCAGAAUUGGAAAAAUUUGGGAAACUGUCUUACUUCUGCACCCCCUUGCUGCCUCCGUUUUGUCAGCCAGGAUGGGUUCCUUUUGAGAACCAUUGCUAUUUCUUAAACAAGACGGAAGAUACCUGGGAGAACGCAAAAAAACAUUGUGAACAGAAUAAAGCCCACCUACUGGAAAUAGAAACUGAAAUAGAAAAUACUUGGGCCAGGGAGACCUUUCCUUAUCCCAAGAAACAUGGUAGGUGUACUUCUAUGUGUGCAUGCGGAAGUUGGAUUGGGGCAAAUGAUAUCGACAAGGAAGGUGAUUUUACCUGGAAUGGGAACACCAAAACAAUGUAUUCCAACUGGCAUCCUAGUCAGCCCGAUAAUGGCAGAAAUGGCAACUGUGUCCAACUUUGUCCAAGUGGACUCUGGGAUGACACAAAAUGUAAAAAGAACAAACCAUUUAUUUGUGAAAAAGACUCAGUGCUAAGAGUUCCUUUAGCUUUAUUAAAAAAGUCCAAAUGGGCUGUUUUCUCUACAACAACUGACUCUGGACAGUCGUGUAAACUGACGAAAGACAUCCUAAUGGAAAGACAGCGGUGA